CCGGGCGGAUUCGCUGGGUCAGGGCUGCAGAGGCGCCUGGCGCACCCGCGGGAGCGGAGCCGUGGCGCGCUCGCCCCGGACGCCGGCCGCCCCUCCGCUCGCCCUACUGAGCGAGCGGCCCGGGGCGCCGAGGGGUCCGCGCCGCUCGGGGCGCACCGCCCUGGCCGCCAUGUGCUCCCAGCUCUGGUUCCUGACGGACCGGCGCAUCCGCGAGGACUACCCGCAGGUGCAGAUCCUGCGCGCCCUCCGGCAGCGCUGCUCCGAGCAGGACGUGCGCUUCCGGGCGGUGCUUAUGGACCAGAUCGCCGUCACCAUCGUCGGCGGCCACCUCGGCCUCCAGCUAAACCAGAAGGCCCUCACCACCUUCCCGGAUGUGGUGCUUGUACGGGUACCCACACCCUCAGUGCAGUCAGACAGUGACAUCACUGUCCUGCGACACCUGGAGAAGCUGGGCUGCCGGUUGGUCAAUCGCCCACAGAGCAUCUUAAAUUGCAUCAACAAAUUCUGGACGUUCCAAGAACUGGCUGGACAUGGGGUCCCCAUGCCAGACACCUUCUCCUAUGGUGGGCAUGAAGACUUUUCAAAAAUGAUUGAUGAAGCUGAGCCCCUGGGCUACCCAGUCGUGGUGAAGAGCACACGAGGCCACCGGGGAAAAGCUGUUUUUCUGGCAAGAGAUAAACAUCACCUCUCUGACAUCUGCCAUCUGAUCCGCCACGAUGUGCCCUACCUGUUCCAGAAGUACGUGAAGGAGUCCCAUGGAAAGGACAUCCGGGUGGUGGUGGUAGGGGGCCAGGUCAUAGGCUCUAUGCUUCGCUGCUCCACUGAUGGACGGAUGCAGAGCAACUGCUCUCUCGGUGGCGUGGGCGUCAAGUGUCCGCUGACAGAACAAGGCAAGCAGUUGGCUAUUCAGGUGUCCAACAUCCUAGGCAUGGACUUCUGUGGCAUUGAUCUCCUUAUCAUGGACGAUGGCUCCUUUGUGGUGUGUGAGGCAAAUGCUAAUGUCGGCUUCCUAGCCUUCGACCAGGCAUGCAACUUAGAUGUGGGUGGGAUCAUUGCAGACUAUACCAUGUCCUUGCUGCCAAAUAGGCAGACUGGAAAGAUGGCUGUCCUCCCAGGACUGUCGAGUCCGAGGGAGAAGAACGAGCCGGAUGGCUGUGCUUCAGCUCAGGGAGUUGCAGAGAGCGUCUAUACCAUCAACAGUGGGUCUACCUCUAGCGAAAGUGAGCCUGAACUGGGAGAGAUCCGGGAUUCCUCAGCAAGCACAAUGGGGGCCCCACCCUCCAUGCUGCCCGAACCUGGCUACAACAUUAACAACAGGAUUGCUUCUGAGUUAAAACUUAAGUGAAUUCCUGCUUUUUGGCAGCAUUUAAACCAAAUCCUACUGCUUCCCUAGUAGUUUUGAGUGAAUAAAAUCUGGACUAAUGUGAUUUCAUUUGCACAGAAACUAGAAAUCCCAUCUGGGCACUCAGCAUUUUUUCUAACGAUGAUUUAAGCAAAUGGCCUAGCUUUGUGGUUUUUACAAAGACAAAUAUAAAAACACUCACAAGAACAACGUCCCGACUGAUCAAUAUGAGACUGAUGUCUGCUGUGAGCACGUGGAUAUUACGGCUGACUCUAAGGCACUGACUCUGCUGUUGCUUCUGACUUUUAGCAGUAGAACCCAUUAGCUCAAAAUGGCUCUUGGAAUUAUGUACUCAAAAGCAACCACGGGAUGGAAGCAUGUGCAGAUGAGGUGGAAUGUGACUGCAGUAAUAGGUUCUUCACUAAGUGUGUGUGUGAUGCUUGGAAAAUACACAGUUCAAACACUAUUAGAGGAUCGAUCUCUGCUCCCCAUCAAUCACCAUCUUGACCAUAUUUCUCCGACACUCAGGAUAUGGUGUUUUAGGGAGCUUCCUCAUUAGCAUUUUCAAUGAAGCACUUUGUAGAAAGUGAGAUUGAACGUUCUUUGACUUCACAGGUUGGCAAAUGUCCUGCUUUGUAACUGGGCCUUUCUACAAAUUGCUUUGCCACUCUGAAUUUAUAGACCCUGCUUCAACUAACGUCAGCUCUAGCAGCUUCUUGCACCUUUGCUGCCUUUGGCCUCAGCUGGAAAUGCACUUCAAUGAGCUAGUGGCCACUCAGUUUAUUUCUUAAGCGUGCACUAGAAUCUAACACCAUGGACUUUCUUUUUCAAUGGACUCUGUUCACUUGUCAUCCAGAAGCCAGUGGGUUUUUACCAUAGAAAGCUACUUGGAGAUCAUCAUUCUUCCCCUCCUCUACUGAAACUUUGUGUACUGCUUAGCUGUAGGGGGUUUUCUUGUAUGAGUGGGUGUUGGAGGUCUAUUGAGUAGAUGGGAGCCAUUGGAAACACUCCAAUCCCCUUGAAACUCUACUUUUAUCUAGGAUCCAGACACCUGUCCUUACCCACUUUUCCAAACGGGGAAGACUCAGGUAUCAGGAAUUACCCAUUGCACAUUUUGCGGGGGGGCUAAUGUAGACAUGACACCAAGUGCUUUUCAUUUUAAUUCGCUAAGCAGUAGAUGAGAUCUUUCCCUUGGGAGAAAUCACAGAGAUGGAGUUUUCCAUUUCUGCUUAUAUGAAAUAUGACUGAAAAUGAACAAAGCCACCUUUUUAACCAAAUACACUAGAACAUAUGCACUCAAGAGUUAGCAUAAUUGGAGUUAUUUUCUUGAUGUUGCAUGUGCCAAGAACACUUAGGGUUCCCCUUUGGGAUUACCUUUGAAGCCAUGCAAGGCAAGAGGCCUCGCAACUUUAUAGUCAGACCUUGUGUUUUAUCCAACCCCUCCUCCUGCCCACCAAGAUAAUCCUGAGCUUCAUCACCCAUUUUAUUUAGCAGACUUAUUUUCUAAUGCUCUUUAGCUGUUAAAAAAAAAAUCAUUCCUCAAAAAAUAGAUCUACCCUUAAAGGACAAAGAUUUACCAACACUGAAGACCCUUACAAGUUGACAGUUUCUAAAGAGGGUUCUAGGAAUGUUCUGUGUAAGGUCAGCUUCACUGGAAUAAACAUACAUCUUCCCAAGGUGACUACUUCAAAGGCAACACUACCCAUUCGGGUGCAGAAAUUACCGUACUUACUCUGCCAUAAAUGUAAAAUGUGUAUAAAGUUAAGCUAUUGCAUUUUUUCGUAACACAUUUAAAUAGAAAUUGGCUUUUAAAGUAUUGUAGUUAAAACCAGAUCUCACCAAGUAAUAGUUGUGCAAUUGACAAAUGUUUGGUGCCAUGUAAUGGAGAUGUCACACUACACAGUUGUAGUUUAAAUGCAGUCCAACAUAAGGUGCAUGCCACUGAACUGUAACCCUAGUAAUGUGUCUUGUACAGUUGAAAAAUAAUACUUCACCUUUAUAUAGGUUAAGAUAUGUACCUUAUCUUUACCACUCAGGGUGGCUUUAAAAGACGGACAGCUUUAGGUUUGUUCUCACUGGAACUGGUUACACUUUCUGUGCAAACUUAACCAAGUGAUGAUCGUCUGGAAGCUGCAUUCCCUCAUUUCCACUGUUUGGUGUGAAUCUAGUCUCCCCACUUUAUCUGAAAGGAGGCUAGCAGGGCCCCAGCCUGAGCAGAGCAGCUAGAGAGUGCUUCCAGAUUCCUUUGCCAAAGGAGGCCCAUUUUCCAGCUGUGAGUGACAUCUGUAGUCAUUGGCUUCAUUGCCUGGCACUAGCCCUGUCUAGAAGUGGAGAAAGCUGGAUCACAGCUGGACCACAACCAGCCCCAAUCCAGGAUUUCCCAUACCAUGCUGGCUGUGGACUCUGUGAGCCUCAGCCAGGUGGCCAGGCUAUACUUCUCACAGCUGGCCACAGGCCUGCUGAAGGAACAUGGGGUGUAGAGCCAGAGCCUGGUUCUGGUUCUCCGCUUGAACAGCUGACCUUGUGCAAUCACAGGAACUCUGCAUCUCCAUGAUUCACUCAGAUAGAGAAAAUGCCUCCUUUGUUUACCUCUUUGAGGCUGAAGUAAGUGAGACUGGUGCAUGUAAAUUAAUGGUAGUAGAGCACCUCCCACAUCUGAUUUUAUAACAGUUUCCCAUCACUCCUUAAAGAAAAAGGUCAGGCCGGGCAUGGUGGUUCACGCCUGUAAUCUCAGCACUUCGGGAGGCCGAGGCGGGCGGAUCAUGGGGUCAGGAGAUCGAGACCAUUCUGGCUAACACAGUGAACAAAAAAUUAGUCGGGCAUGAUGGCGGGCGCCUGUAGUCCCAGCUACUUGGGAGGCUGAGGCAGGAGAAUUGCUUGAACCUUGGAGGUGGAGGCUGCAGUGAGCUGAGGUUAUGCCACUGCACUCCAGCCUGGGUGACAGAGCGAGGCUCCGUCUCAAAAAAAAAAAAAAAGCCACACAUUCUUGGCAUUAGCACACCAAACAGUGGUAGGGACCCUGAGAAAGGAAUGCAGCUUCUCAGAGGCCUCACUUCCAGCCAGGGAAACUUAAGACCUGAAAGGAAUAAGGCUCUUUGUGUAUUCAGACAGCCUUCUGGAUGUAUCGUAUAUAACCUGAAACUCUCCACUCUUGUAUACCAACUAACAAAGUCUUCCUUAUGUAACAUAGAUUGCAGUGUCUGUAUAUGGUCUUCCCAUUAUCUGGUAGUAGCAUCUUGAAACUGGUCAAAACUUGAAUGCCAAUAGCUCAGUCACUCAGAAUAUAUGAUUCUGCACUUGGGAAAAA